AUAAAAACAAAAGUUUUAUAUAUAAACGUUGGAAUACGUGUGUGUAUGUGUUUGAGAUGAAUGUAUGCAUGUUUAAAUGUAUGAGUGUAUAUAUACGAACUUUGUUAUAUAUAUAUAUUCUGGUUUUACCCCACUUUUUCAAGCAUCGCGCAUAUGCGCGCUCUUCUCCCACUUCUGGCAAAACAGACAGACGAAGAGAGAAAGAGACAAACAUUAUGUCGCGGUGGUCGCAGUUGCCGCUACCGCGACGCAGAUUAUUAUAGACCGGCGAAGUUUGAUACGAAAGAUCGUGGCGUAGCCACAGCAGUCACUCUGUGAUGCUCUCAAGAUGAACAUUGUGUGCAGUUGCAUCGAGCCUUAACUCAAGAGUGUUUUUCGCGCGCGGCAAUCUGCCGCAGUUUUUGGUGCUUUUGUUUUUGUUCAAUGUGAGCUUUGUGAACUUGCACUGCUACUUGUGCGCCGCUGGCAUUUUGUGACAACUGUUGGAACGAAGCGGCGCGGAAAAAAAAAUUAGUGGCCCACAUGUGCUCGAUAGUGCCAAACGAUGAAAGUCCAACUGCCGAUCGAUAGGCCUUUGAAAGGAAGACAAAGAUCAAGUUGAGGAACAGUUCGCAAAUCAGCCGAAGAGCUUGAGAAAUUCUUCCAUCGUCGCCGUCGUCGUCGUCGUUGUUGCCGCCGUAGCCGCUCGCAGACGUCGCUAAUGAUAAAAUUCCGAUAACACUGCGACCAAUAAACACAGCCAACAGACUUUGUCUCUCACUCUCGCUCUCUCUCUCUCUCUCUUUCUUCGUCUCUUUCAAUCCUUUCUCUCGUGCAUCGAGUAUUUUAUACGUGCCAUUAUAAACCAAAGGCGAAUUUUUAUUUGUGCCGGUGCGUAUGUAUGCGUACAUGCUCGCAAGUAUAUGUACAGAGCAUCAGCAGCGCUGGUAAAGCACCAAUUGUCAGUUUUUCGUCUUCUUUUUCGCCGAUCGCUGUAGAUGCGAUCUUUAUUAUUGAUCGUUUCGACUUUUCGAUCGGUCGAAUAAGAAAUCUUUUUCCCCUCGCGCAUCUCUCUGUCUGUCUCUCUCAUUCUGAUCGUUUGCUCUCUGCGUACGCGUCUCGUUAUUGCGGAGCGAAUCUCGCCAGCAUUGGAAUUGAGAAACGAGUCGGGAGCGAGCUCGGCGCAGCGCAGCAAGUUGUCGUGUGCUGUGUGUGUGUGUGUGUGUGUGCGCGCGUCUCGCGUCGGUGUGCGAGCGAACGAGCAAAGCGAGGCUUCGUUUGAUGCAGCGCAAGCGGCCAACCUGUUGCCCGAGAGAAAGAAGCCACGAUAUAUACAUUAAAUACUCGCCGGUGGAGUGCGACGAAUUCGUUUAAUAAUUCUCAAGGCUGAUGGUUUCGUUAAAAAGGAGCAGGAGGCGUACGAUAUAGGCUGCGUCCGUAUAAAUCGCACAGAGAUAUUUAUUUAUGCCUGGGAGCUCGGGUGCCGGGUCGUUGACUUUGAUCGAGAAUCGCGGCGCGCGUCCGCGUUGCCUUUGUCGCGCCUCGACAAAAUAAAAAAAUGCGCGUAUCCGUAGAAAGGGGAGUUGGAGGCCACCACCACACGUCAGCCUUCAGUCCGUAUAUCAGCAGAUCGUUGAGCGGCAGCAGCAACAGCAGUAACGAGAGCGACGCAGGCAUGCUCUUGGUCGGGCCUCAGCCACUGCCCGCGACACCUGCCAGCAGCAGCAGCGCCUCGCGCUCUUACGCGAAAAUAAUCAAACUGUCUCCCACGUCGCUCGGCGUCGCGUCUCCCAAAUCGAGCUUUAAUAGCAACAACAACAACAACCUGUCGUUCACGGGCUCGGCCUCGUCCUCUGUUUGCGCAGAAAUGGCCAGAGACACGCCGGCCACGGCGAUGUCGUCAACGUCAGCGGUCACGACGGCCAGCAGCCGACGGCCCAACCUGCUCUCGACCUCGUCCACGUCGUCCACGUCGUCGUCGGGCUCGGCCUCGGCCAUGGCGGCCGUAGUCGCCGAGGAGCGUCGCGGGGGCGCCGGACCACUGAGCGCGAAAAAUUUUCACGCUGUCACCGCCACUGGCCGCGUCGUCGAGGCAACCAACGUCACUGCCAAUAAUGUCGCUGCCGCUGCCGCUGCCGCCGCCGCCGCUGCGGCUGUUGAUCCACGCAUGCCGUACACCGAUAUAUUACAAGAUCGCAUUUUUGAGUUGCAGCAGCACUAUGUUAUUCAACAGCAGGUUUUACAUCAACAGUUCAAAGAGCAAGAAAGGAAAUUGGUCGAACUGCAACAACAACAACAACAAAUGCAAACGAUGAGAGUUAGUAAUAUUUGGCAGCAAAAGCAAAUAAAAGAACAGCAACAAAAAGAGCAGCAGCAAAAAGAAAAAGAACGGUUAGAGGGAAUGCGGAAAAAAGAAAAUAAAAUUCCCCACGGUGCAAUAGCAUCUCCUAAUGUCAGGAUGAAAUUAGCACAUUUUUUAACUAAUAAAAAGAAAUUACAAGAGCAGGCUGCGGCCAAUAAUGGAACAUCACACGCCCAAAGCAACACCGAUCACAAAAAUUGGCAACAAGACAUAGUUUCAACUAGUUUAGUAAAUGUCUCAGUGGUCAAUCCGUACGGCUUACAAACAAUGCAAAGAGAAAAAUUAGAAAUGCAGUUACGUAAAUCAGCUUCGGAACCUAACAUAUUGAACAAUGUCCGGGGGACUUUGAAGGCGCGAAUUGAGAAAAAGAUGACCAAUGUUCGUCAUUCUCCUAUGAACCGAAGGAAGGAGCCUCAUCAGCCACUUUGGAAAACAUCGCUUACAAAUUCGGGUAGUAAUUCAGAUUCCGGGCCGAAUUCACCUCCGACUUUAGGCAACUCGAGGUUCUCGCCGACCAUCAGCGCCGGCUCGUGCAAUUCCAUCCAGGAGGAGGGCCGAGUCGCGACGUCUUCGUACGGCCAGCUGAACAGCGGCAGCAGCAGCGCAGUGCCGCAGAUCAGCCCCACGGAUUACCCGUUGUUCAGCUCACCAUCGAUGCCAAAUAUAUCCGUGAGCAAGUCGCAGCUGCAGUCCGGCUCAGCGAGGACGCCGACUUUGGCGCCCGUCUCGGAAGCCGAGGUUCGCGCGGCCUACACGGCGCGCUUCGGCGGCCCCUUGACCGGGCAGAUAUUGCCCGACACCCUGCCGUCCUAUCCAUCGAUAUCUCUGGCGGAGGGCGAGACGAUCUACCUGCCACAAGGACACGUCGUGUCGAUGUCGGGCGCCACCCCGACGGCCCGACUUUCCCAAUCAUUCCUUUAUCGUUUGCCGAUAACGGACGCACAGGUGGCUCACACGAGGCUCAAUAGGACGAGCCAUCGGCCGUUAGGUACUAGGACACAGUCAGCUCCAUUGCCGCUGAAGCAUCCAGCUCUGACUGGAAUGGUGAUGGGCCCACCGCCACCGGCGACUGGCCAUCCGUACGAGGACUACAGGGUUGUCACGAGAUCACUGGACGAAUCCAAGCCCUCGCACAUGCGCGUCAAAGAGCAUGUGAGAAAUACGGUACUGAUAAGAGCCGGAUCGAGAAGUCAACUUCUGGACGAUUCGCCUUUGGAGUCGGAAGAAUCGGAAGUCAUUGAUCUUACUGGAAGAAAAGAUCAUCCCAGAUCUGUUCAGACGGUCGCGAUUGACACGCACGCUCAAUCGAAGCCGGAGCAAAGCAUCACCACUGGCCUCAUUUACGACGCCAUCAUGCUGAAGCACGGUUGCACCUGCGGCGAGGCCGUGCGAAAUCAUCCCGAGCACGGCGGACGGCUCCAAAGCAUAUGGGCCCGACUGUCGGAGACCGGCCUGAUGGCGCGCUGCAACAGAAUCCGGGGCCGCAAGGCGACCUUCGGCGAGCUCAAGUCCUGCCACGACGAGGAUCACGCCUUCCAGUUCGGCACGACUCUGGCGCCUCGUCAAAAGAUGGACGGAAUCGGGAUAAAUUUCGUCAGGCUCGGAUGCGGCGGCAUCGGGGUCGACAGCGACACGACCUGGAGCGACAUGCACACCAGUGCGGCCGCCAUCAUGGCCGCUGGCUGCGUCAUCGAGCUGGCGUCGAAAACUGCCAAGGGCGAGGUGCGAAAUGGCUUCGCCGUAAUCAGACCUCCGGGCCAUCACGCGGAGCCGAACCAAGCGAUGGGCUUUUGCUUUUUCAACAAUGUGGCCAUAGCCGCCAAGCAACUUCUAGUCAGAGGAGAAGCAAAACGAGUACUGAUCGUCGAUUGGGACGUGCACCACGGCAACGGCACCCAAAAAAUAUUCCUCGAUGAUCCGAAUGUUCUGUAUUUAUCGAUUCAUCGCUACGACGAUGGCAAUUUCUUUCCGGGCACCGGUGGACCCACCGAAUGCGGAGUCGGUGAGGGAACGGGUUACAACGUAAACAUAGCCUGGUCCGGAGGCCUCAAUCCGCCCAUGAGCGACGCCGAGUACUUGGCCGCGUUUCGCACGAUAGUCAUGCCCAUUGCGCGCGACUUCGAUCCCGACGUGGUUCUCGUAUCGGCCGGCUUCGACGCGGCCAGCGGACAUCCGGCGCAAUUGGGUGGUUAUCACGUCAGCCCGGCUUGCUUCGGACUCAUGACGCAAAUGCUCAUGACCCUGGCCAACGGCAAAGUCGUGCUCGCUCUCGAAGGUGGAUACGACCUGGCGACCAUCUGCGACUCGGCCCAGGAAUGCGUGAGGGCGCUCUUGGGCGACAAGACUAUGCCCAUCUGUGAACAGGAGCUGUUGAGGCUGCCGUGUCAAAAUGCCAUUGAUACGCUCCAAAGGACCAUCGCAAUUCAGUUGUCUCAUUGGCCAUGUUUGAACGAGUUUUCUCACAUGGUUGGAAUGAGUGCGGCUGAGGCACGACUGAUCGAGGAGACCGAAACUCUUUCUGCCAUGGCAUCUUUGUCCAUGAGACACCAAACUUCUUUCAGUACCACGUCAGAACAUUCCAGUAUAGAGGAGCCCAUGGAACAAGAUGAGGCCAAGUAAAUUUAAUUAUUAUCGUGUAUGUGUAAACGGUGACAUUAAGAAAAUUAUUUUAAAAAAAUAAGAAGGUAACAUUAGUUUUCUCUCUUUUUCGAUUUCCUUGGAAAACUCA